AUGGAUACAGUGAUUUGUAAACUAGAACAACGUUUUGCUAAACACGCUGAAAUAUGUUCAGAUUUUACAUGCUUAGAUCCUCGUCAAUUUUCAAAACCAUUGCCCACAACUGCUCUUUUCAAACUUAGUAAAUUUCUUGGAUUAGAAAAUACUAAUAUUUUAAGGGAAGAAUUUCUAGAUUUUACCAAAAAAUGGGAUAAGCUUAAAUUAAAUUUACCUGAAGUAUAUGCAAGUUAUAGAAGUGAUGAGGAAAAUGAACUUCCAGAAUUAGAUUUAGAAUGUUUGCAAGAAAAUGAGUUUGAACAAAACCUAUGCAAAACAAAUAUACGGUGUUUAAAUUGUUUUCUUUGCUGUUUUAAUGUAUUGUUUAAAUAUAGAUUAUAUGUUAAAGCAUAUAGCAAUUUAUUUUUAGCCUAUAUGUAUAUUUCAACACUAUCAUGCACUCAGGUAGGCUGUGAAAAGAGUUUUUCUACCUUAAGUUUUAUUAAAAACCUACUUAAAAACCGUCUAUCGAUGGAAAAUCUAGAUGCAUGGAUGUUAAUGCAUUUAAAUAAAGAUAUUUUGGAAACAUUAACAUAUGAAAACAUUAUUGAGGAAGUGAUAAAACAUAGCUCAGUAUUCAAAAAAAUGUUGGUUGUUUAA